ACAGGUCAAGCGUGAAUCGAAGAAAUCAACAGGAAGAAAGGAUCGUGGACCACAUUCUCGUACAAAUACUCACAUUUCUUCCGAAAAUGAUUCUUGUGCAAAGACUUCAAUCAAAUACGAAAUGGAUGAGAAUUUAGAAAUCAAGGAAGAAAUCAUUCAAGAUCCAGGAACUAUUGCAGUCCAUAAAGGGAAUAAAGCAAAUAAGUCAAAAUUUUGCACCGUAUAUAUAAAAGGAGACGACAUUUUGGAGGUUAGACCUAAACUACAGGCCCUAAAGAAGCAAGAAAUUCAGGAAGAAAAACAGGGAAUGAAGUACACCUGCAAAAAGUGUGCACGAAGCUAUACCCGGAAUACAACCUUAACUGCUCAUCAAAAAUUCGACUGUGGCAUCAUGCCACAGUUCAGUUGUAAAUUUUGCAACAGACUAUUUAAAAAAAAAUCUUAUAUGAAUAGACAUAUAGUUCGCGUCCAUGAGAAAACAAGCGUAAAUAAAUCGGUAUUAUUGCAUAAAUGCGACGAAUGUUUUCGAAGUUACACUUCAUUAAGUUCUUUAACUCGACACAAAAGUUCAGAACAUGCAGCAGUCAAACCAAAAUUUAUUUGCGACUAUUGUGGCUACAAAACAAAUCUAAAAAGUAGCUUGUUAAGGCAUAUAGCUUCACGUCACUCUCAGACAUUAAAAACUAGGUAUCAUUGCGACAAAUGCCCUCAAAGUUACACUUGGCUGAUAAGUUUGAAUCAACAUAAACAUUUGAAACAUUCACCAGUCAAACCACAAUUUUUUUGCGAUAUUUGCGGAUAUAAAUCGAAUAGAAAAGGUAAUUUAGUAAAACACAUGACUUCAAAACACUUCCAAACAUCAAGUACGAGGUAUUAUUGUGACAAAUGUUCUAGAAGUUAUAAUUGGUUAGGAGACUUAACUCGACAUAAACGUUCCGAACAUGCAGCAGUCAAAACACGAUUUAUUUGCGACCAUUGUGGCCAUAAAACUAAUCUGAAAAGCAGCUUGGCAAAGCAUAUAACUUCACGCCAUUCAUAGGUUUCAAAUACAACGCAUUGUCUCAACAAAUGUUCUCGUAGUUACAGUUUCUCGGAAUUCUUAAAUCGACAUAAAAAUUUAGGAUAGGCAACAGCCAAAUCUCAAUUUUAUUGCGAUUUUUGCGGAUAUAAGUUGAACAUGAUAGGUAACUUGGUAAAAGCUACAAAAUCGCAAACAUAACUUUGCAAAAAAUAUUACUUCUGGCUAUAUGAACUGAUAAUAAUGUACACGAAACAUUAAACUAUAGGAAAAUUUUUAAUAUUGGUUGAAAAUAUUCAUUAUUUGACAUCAUCUAAAGUGCUUAAAAUUAGUUCUGGUGAAAAUCAGUUCUGUCUACUUUAUUUUACUUAUAGCAAGUUGCGAAGGAGUAAAUUUACUCCCCAUUGAGGUCUACAUUAAUAACGUUUCUUAAAUGUAGAAUUUGUUAUUAAACGUUUAGUUAAUUUGGAAAAAAUAUUUCUCUGCAAAGUUAUAGUUUUGAUGACCACUUUCUUGACAUCUACUAUCAGGUGUUCAAUACUCAGUAAUGCCAUUUAAGAAAGUGGGUUGCGGCUAUUAAACUUUGAUGAUGAAAUUUUUUUUCCUGUUUCACAAAUAAGUAAGGUUUGUUAACAUCUAUAUAAAAUAACUAAUAUCUGUACUAUGUAGAAGCGAAAAAUAAUUGAUUUGACCUAUAUGGAGAAAGAUUGCAUUUUCUUCUAUAAUGUUAUACGUUAACAAAUGGAUUCUGUUCUGAGACAAUAAAAUAAUCAUUUGUCUAAUA